AUGAUGGAUCCUCAACUGCUGCUCUUUCGCAGGCAGUACUUUCAGCUCUUCGAACCAGAUUUCCUUGCUUGGCCGCCUAAGCAGCUAUUGAGAGAUCCAACCGUGCAGGCAUGGAUAUACACACAUCUCUUUGAUAGCGAGAAGAACUCUAGGAUGCCGCCCGAGCGAUACCAGUUGCGCGUCCUGAAGCCACUGGCUUCCAAAAUCGAAAAGGCGAUCGAAGAUCCCGAAGAGGAUGAAAUUUCAGACGAUCUCAUGUCACAUCUUUCCCAUCUCAUGUCUGCCAAUCUUCCGUCUGAGACUACAGCCGUGCAACAAAAGUCGUAUGUGACAUUCACCUGUCUCCCGCCUGUGCCGGAUCCGGAUCUAGAUUAUCGUGAAGAGCCCACCAUCACCAUUUUGGAACGAAGGCAUCUCAUCUCGGGUGCACUCACCACAGGAUUUCGAACCUGGGAGGCGGCGCUGCAUUUGGGAUCGUAUCUGCUCACACCAGAAGGACGUAGUAUCAUCGAAGGGAAGAGUGUUCUUGAACUCGGUGCUGGGACUGGACUUCUGGCUAUUCUUGCGGCAAAAUUCCUCAACGCUAGCCAUGUCACGACUACAGAUGGAGACGAAGGUGUCGUGGAGGCAUUGAGGGAAAACCUGUUCCUUAACGGCCUUGAUGAUGAGCAGAAAGUGAUCUCCAGUGUGCUUCGAUGGGGAAUGGUUCUGCAAGGGACAUGGGUAGAAGAGGAUUGCGAGGCAUUCCCCUAUGAUGUGGUCAUUGGUGCUGACAUCACGUACGAUAAAGUAGCCAUCUCUGCUCUAGUUGCGACUUUACGAUUCCUCUUCGACAUGCGGCCUGGUUUGCAUGUUGUGAUCUCGGGCGCGGUGCGGAAUCCGGAGACUUUUGAGGCUUUCCAAUAUGCUUGUUCACGUAACAAGUUCUCCUUUGACGAGAUUGACUUCCAGCCGAAAUCGAUCAGGGAGCAGACAUCGUUGUUCUAUGCUUCCGCAGCACCCCUGAAAAUUGUUUCAAUACGGCGGCCGUAG